AUGACUUCUCAAAUAUAUUACAAGUUCAAAAGUGCCAAAGAUUAUGACAAUAUUACUUUCGACGGUCUCGGGAUCUCUGUUUUCGAUGCAAAAAAGGAAAUUUUAACUGCAAAAAAAUUGAAAGGAAAUGACUUUGAUAUUGUGGUUACCCAUGCUGAAUCUGGAGAAGAUUACCAAGAAGACACUGCAAUAAUACCUAGAAAUACACCUAUAGUGGUUCGGCGAGUACCCACUAAGCCUGGGAAAGGGACUGCGCACCGUUAUUUAGAGGGAGUGCCAGCAGUCUCACGCAAUGCAGCGGCCGGAAAUCGAAUUAAUUAUGGAAAUACUAAUGGAUCAAUGUCAAAGACUUUCGACUCGUCCAAGCAACAACAACAAAUGCAGGUUUCACGACCUUCCCCUAUUCCGACCAUAACUCUCAGCUCUGGUGAAGAACAAACGGAAGAAGAUAAAAUUGCAGCUAUGUUUGCACAAUCAUCAGAAUUUUGGGAAAAAACACAGGAACAGAUGGCUUCAAAACCGGCACUUCGAAGGCCAAAUCAACCUCGUCCUCAAGUGAAGCAACAAAUUCAAAAGGCUCUUCCACCAAAUUAUGUCUGUUAUAGAUGCGGGCAAAAAGGACAUUGGAUCCAAGCAUGUCCGACAAAUGGUGAUAGAUCGUUCGAUCACAUGAAAGUUAGAAAGACGACGGGAAUACCUAGGAGUUUCUUGCAAAAAGUUGAACAAGUGCCUCCCGGAGGGCUGCUUGGCAAAAAAUUUCAUGCUCGUCAAAAAUCAUAUGUGACUACUAAUGAAGUACUUGAAGAAACGCUUCCGGUGCCUCCCGAACUCCAAUGCAUGAUAUGUGCCCGACUUCUUAGAGAAGCGGUUAUAACGCCGUGUUGUCAGGCCUCAUUUUGUGAUGAAUGUAUUCGAAACGCAUUAAUCAGUACCGAACAAGAAGAUCAGCAGUUCAAGUGUCCAAAUUGUCAAACUCAAUUAUCACCUGAUGGCUUAUUACCUGACAAAGCAACUAGAGAAGCCGUGAACAAUCAUUUAAGAGAUUGGGCAAGACGUAGAAAUGAACAGAUUGUACCUGAGGAAGCUUCAACAUCGUCUGAUACUUUAGUAAUGGAAAAGGAUCAACAACCAAUAACAACGGAUCUCAUAGAUCAUGAACAACCUCCAAAAGUGAAGACUGAGCCGGUUGUUGCUAAAGUCGAAUUGCCCAAAAAACCAAUUCAUGAACUUCCGCAAAUACCUCCACCGCAACAAUCAACUCUCUCACAGCAAUCUCAGUUACCACAAGUGCCAUCUCAACAAUCUCAACAAUCAUCACAGUUUCAACAAUCACAACAGCAAUUACAACGUCAGCAGCAUCAAUUUUCGAAUGCCAACGGAAAAACGUUUCCACAGCAAAAUCCUUCGGCCGCCCAACAAGCAACGUACGGACAAUUUGGAUAUUACAAUGAUUACGGAUUUGGUUAUGAUCAAGGAUACUGGUAUGAUGAUGCCGGAUAUCCUCAGAUGAGUAUGAAUAUGAUGAAUGCGCCGGGAGGUUAUUACGAUCCAUCAUAUUUUGAAUCCGGAUUUUACCCUGCAGAUCAUUUCCCGGCACCACAACAAUUCAUGCCACCCUUUAGACCACCAGUUUAUGAUGAUUUUUGGGAUAAUAGGCCAAUGAUUCCACCACAAGGUAAUUUCACCCCAUUUGGGAAUAACGUGGGAGGUGGUAUGGGCGGUACUGCUAUACAACCUUUCAGAGGUGGAGGUUUUCGUGGCGGAUUUGCGCAACGUGGGGGUAAUUUUCAAAACCGUGGCCGAGGAGGUGGAGGUGGAGGCCGUGGAAGAAGUACAAGUUAUUUCUACGAGCAGCGACCAUUUAAUAGCGGACACGGAAGUAGUAGUAAUGAUUUUAGAAGAGAAUCAAGCAUGAGCCCUUCGGUGGGUAGGAGAGAAGCGUCCGAAAGGCCAGAAUACCGGGAAGGCGAACAAAAGUAUGAAGAAGUGGACGAUUUUGGACGUGAUUUGGCACGUCGAAAAUCGUUAACGUCACCAGAUAAGGAUAGUCGUGAAAAGCUAACUCCUCCUCUUUUACCUGAUCGUGAUAGACGCGAUAGGGACAUUAUUGCAGAUGAAGAUUUGGAUAGUAGAAGACGAGAAAAGGCAAGAAGUCAUAGCAGAAGUAGAAGCAAAGAGAGACGAAGCAGCAGUAGGUCGCGUCAUCGUACCCGAAAACCUCGCGAUGAAUUACAUCGUAGCCGAUCACCAUCGAAGCAUGAUCAUCGUAUACUGUUCGAUGAUCGAAGAAAGAAUUCGACAUCGUCUAGACGUAGUCGUGACGGAUUUAUGGAAAGAAAAGAGGAUCGAAGAUAUGGUGAUGAACGACGCGUUUCGGAUGAUCGACGAUACUAUGAUGAUCGACGAUAUUCCAUACCCGAUAGGAGAGAUGAAAGGCGUGAAUCAAUUUCGGACAGGAGAAGCGAUAGAGAUAGAGACAAUAGACGUGAUGACCGUCGUGAUUCAUACAAUAGUUCACGUUAUGAAAGUAGACGUUUAUCUAACGAACGUUAUGAUGAUCAGGAAAAAGCUCGAACCCCUUCGCCCAAUAAUAUGAUGAAUUAUGAAAACGAUAAUGAAAAUGGCGAAAACUUGUAUCAAAGUCCACGUGAUGACUUUGACGUGGAAAUGCAUGAGAAAAAUGAUCAAUCAGAACCGACGAUAGUACAACAAAACUAUGAAGAUAAUGAAAGACAAUCCCGAUCGGACUCACCAAAACCCAUAAUAGAUACUGAAGAAUUUCAGGUUUCUUCAACAAAGGAUGAUAGGCCUACUACACCUCCUUCACCUGACAAAUUUCUAGAUAAACGUCGACAUUCUUCAUCCCACAAACAUCGAAGUAAUAAAUAUCACAGAUCAUCACAUCAUCGACACGAGUCAUUAGAUAAAGAAGACAAUGAUAGAAAUUCAACCUCCAAAUCUCGUCAUAAUCCUUACCCCAAAGAUGAUUAUCAUCGAAGUGGAAAUCGAAAACAUAAAAAACAUCAUUCUUCACGUCAUCAUAGUAAUCGUCAUCGUAAUAGUAGAUCUAAAGAUGGUGAAACAAUUAGGCGGAGACAUUAUAGCAGAGAUAGGGAUGAACGGAGAUGA